CUACACGUGAUGGGCGCCCACCGAGUGCCAGCACCGCCUCCUCCAGCUCCGCCAAGUAGGUGGGAUCCACUACUUUGCAGAGGAGGAAGCUGUUCAGGCCUCCCUCUGUGCACUUUGCAAAAGCCUCUGCCCUUCCAUCUGGAAUCCCUUGGCGCCGAUCACACUUCCUCUGCCUGGAAAUCCGGAGCCGUCUCUCGCGAGACGUCCUCCGCCCUGUAGAAGGCCGUUUCGGUUCUUCGUGCGCGGUAGCCGCCCCACUUGCGGGAUUCCAAGGCCUCAUCGGGUGCGGGUAUCUGGCUGUGGAUUCGCCGCCGUCCCGCUGGACGCCUGGAGGCUCGAACCCCGCCGCCCCCCGACCCCAGGCUUUACUCCCACCCUGGCUUCCGCCCACUGUGCUGCCCUUCCUCGGACCUGGGCUGUCGGGAGAGCUGGAGGUGAGCGCUCUUGGGAGAGCCCAGCCAAUUUAAAGAGUACCCCUGAGAAGACUUUGCGGAGGAAAAUUUAACUGCGGGUACCCACUGAGUUUCUGGUGCGCCCAGUGUUAUCAGAGCUUGUGUUGUGCAUCAAGACUGGGAAAAUUGGCAAGGAGUUACGCUAUAAUGACUCAUAUUUUAUUGAACUUUGGUCAUCAGCCAGGAUUUGUUCUAAGUACUUUAUUGUCACUAACAGAUAUAUUUAUGUCUUCAUGGCCACCCCGAGGUGGUUACUGUUAUAUCCACUGUGCAGAUGAGGAAACUAAACUGGCUUAGAGAAGUGAAGGAGUUCACACCCGCGGGCAGGAGUAGACCACCCUCUGCUUGGUGUCCACACCUGGUUUCUUCAGGACUGAAGAGGCAGGCCCUGGAGCUCUGCCUGGGGUGCCUGCACUUGUGGAGGUUCCCAUUCCUCCCUUUCCUUGGUUCCCACCCGCCAUCUGCCUCAGAACACCACAUAAUCUUAUCCUACCCUUUACACCACAAGACCCCCAGGACUCCCAGGCAAUGCUCUGCUUUAACUCAGGAAAUUUUAACCUGGCAUUUGGUAAUUGAGAUGUUCACCCUUCCUCAGAAGGACUUCAGGGCUCCCACCACCUGUCUGGGCCCCGCCUGCAUGCAGGACCUGGGCAGUAGCCAUGGGGAAGAUCUGGAAGGAGAAUGCUCCAGAAAACUGGACCAGAAGCUACCAGAGCUCCGUGGAGUGGGUGAUCCUGCCAUGAUCUCCUCUGAUACCUCCUACCUGUCCUCUAGAGGAAGAAUGAUUAAAUGGUUCUGGGAUUCAGCUGAGGAGGGCUACAGGACCUACCACAUGGAUGAGUAUGAUGAGGACAAGAACCCCAGUGGCAUCAUUAACUUGGGCACCAGUGAGAACAAACUCUGCUUUGACCUGCUGUCCUGGCGGCUGAGUCAGAGCGACAUGCAGAGGGUGGAGCCAUCCCUGCUGCAGUAUGCUGACUGGAGGGGACAUCUGUUCCUCCGGGAGGAAGUGGCCAAGUUCCUGUCUUUCUACUGCAAGAGCCCAGUACCCCUCAGACCAGAGAAUGUGGUUGUCCUGAAUGGUGGUGCCUCGCUCUUCUCUGCUCUGGCCACGGUGCUGUGUGAGGCCGGGGAGGCUUUCCUGAUCCCCACCCCUUACUAUGGCGCUAUCACACAGCACGUGUGUCUCUAUGGCAACAUCCGGCUGGCCUAUGUCUACCUGGACAGUGAGGUCACUGGGCUAGACACACGCCCCUUCCAGCUCACAGUGGAGAAGCUGGAGAUGGCCCUGAGAGAAGCUCACUCUGAGGGUGUGAAGGUCAAAGGCCUCAUCCUCAUCAGCCCCCAGAACCCUCUGGGUGAUGUAUACUCCCCUGAAGAGCUACAGGAGUACCUGGUAUUUGCCAAGAGGCACAGGCUGCAUGUGAUUGUGGAUGAGGUCUACAUGCUGUCCGUGUUUGAGAAGUCUGUUGGGUACCGCAGUGUCCUAAGCCUGGAAAGGCUGCCUGACCCCCAGAGGACCCAUGUGAUGUGGGCAACCAGCAAGGACUUCGGGAUGUCUGGGCUCCGCUUUGGCACGCUGUACACAGAAAACCAGGAUGUGGCCACUGCCGUGGCUUCCCUCUGCCGCUACCACGGCCUCAGUGGCUUGGUCCAGUACCAGAUGGCGCAGCUGCUCCGGGACCGUGACUGGAUCAACCAGGUGUACCUGCCGGAAAACCAUGCCCGGCUCAAGGCUGCCCACACCUAUGUCUCAGAAGAGCUCAGGGUGUUGGGGAUCCCCUUCUUGAGUCGUGGGGCUGGCUUCUUCAUCUGGGUUGACUUGAGAAAGUACCUGCCCAAGGGCACCUUUGAGGAGGAAAUGCUGCUCUGGCGCCGCUUUUUGGACAACAAGGUGCUGCUGUCCUUUGGCAAGGCCUUCGAGUGUAAAGAGCCUGGUUGGUUUCGCUUUGUCUUCUCAGACCAGGCCCACCGGCUUUGCCUGGGGAUGCAGAGGGUCCGGCAGGUGCUUGCAGGCAAAUCCCAAGUGGCAGAAGACCCCCGUCCCUCUCAGAGCCAGGAGCCAAGUGACCAACGCAGGUGAGCUGGUCAUUGUCUCGUGGCCAGAGGGCCCAGCAGCCACUGUGGACCUGGGGCAUUCCAGGGCUGCAGAAGACUGACUGUGGAUGUGCCAUUUGCCAGGAAGGUAUCUAACUUGGCUUUGUGCCUGAAGAACUGUUUCUUGUCUUUCGCUGUAGCAGUGGGAAACUCCUUAAGCUGUGGUUCAGCCUGGGCCCUCCCUCUCUCCUAUUAAACAAAACUAGGAGAGUC